CGGGCAGGAGCUCCACAGCCGAGAUCUCGCCGUAGGCCUCCGGCUGGAGCUCCGAGGUCGCCGUGUUGACCUCCGGGGGAGCUCCACAGCCUAGACUUCACCGUAGGCCUCAGGCUAGAGCUCCGCUGUCCCCAUUGCCCCCCCAAAAAAAGUUCUGGGCCAGCUUUCAGUUCCCGAGUGGGCAGCUGACUGGAUCUUCCACAGGGCAGCAAGGUGGAGCAUUGUUCUGCUCCACGGGACAGGGUUGAAGCAGAAAGUUACAGAGCAGCUGAUUUACUUCUUCCUCCAACCACUUCAUCUGCCGCCUACAUUGCACAGCUUCAUACUCCACCUGCUGUCUCCUGACCACACCUUGGUGCUCCUCCUGCUGCUUGCGCUGCCAGGUGUAGUACUCCUCCGGUGUCAGGAAGUUCCAGUAAUAAAGAAAUUUCCUGACUCGGGGUUUUCCUGCUACUUCCAUUGCUUGGGCACGAUAUUCUGUAACAAAACAGGACAGUGGGCAGGAAGUAGGCACAGGAGCACUGUCUUUAUUCAUAAACAAACAAACCAAACACAGGGAACGCGGUCUUUACAGAAUUAGAUACAAGUAAACAUGAGACUAAAGUCGAGGCAGGAAACAGGACAUGGAAAUGAGACCGCUAGCAUACUAAACCUACAUGCUGCACCGUUAACACCGAUAUCUAUCACACUGGCAUCUACGUUACUAAUAAUAAUAUCGCGCAACGUGCGCAUCCACCAGAGGAGUUUAAAUACCCAACAUAAUUAAUACUAAACAUGGACACCUGGGGCAAAUUAACGACAAUUCAAACAUGAAGCGAACAAACCAAAACAAACGUCACGUGUCCACUUCACCCAGUUCAGUCUCUAGUAAGCAGUGCCACAGUGACAUCGGCUGGCCGUGGCGUAACACACCAACAUAUUUAACGUGGGCAUGAGGUACUUUUCCACAUGGCUACCUCUCUGUGUGCCAAAACCACCUCUGGUGUUUAUUGCCAAAAAGCUCUAUUUUGGUUUCAUCUGACCAUAGAACCCGAUCCCAUUUGAAGUUCCAGUAGUGUCUGGCACACUGAAGACGCUUGAAUUUGUUUUUGGAUGAGAGUAGAGGGUUUUUAAUUUAAAAAAAAAUAAUUUAAAAAAACCUUCCAAACAACUUGUGGUGAUGUAGGUGACUUCGGAUUGUAGUUUUGGAGACUUUCUGACCCCAAGACAUAACUAAGUUCUGCAAUUCUCCAGCUGUGAUCCUUGGAGAUUUUUUGGCCACUCGAACCGUCCUCUUCACAGUGCUUUGUAAGAUCACACAGUAAGAUUACAUUUUAGGGAAUAUUUUUUAACCUGAAGUGCAUGUGGAAUUGUCAGACAUUGUUAUUAACCAUAUAUAAUUAUUAACUGCUUGUACUCAAGGCCCUGUACGUAUAAGCAGAACUGUUAGUGACAUUGGUGUUUAAUUAACUGGUAGUAUUCUGGUAGGAUAUUUUCUCCACUUUUUACUGAAACCAUCUUACUGAAUACGCAUGAAUUAACCAAUGAAACGCAGUUCUCCUGACAGACGAAACGCUUUACGUGAGGUAUACGUGCAUGCCGUCUUGGGACAGCACCCCCAUGUGGUGAGGUAUUAUUCUGCAUGGUCAGAAGAUCAGCUGAAGGAUUUGCUGGUGCAGGUGUCCCGGGGUUUGAAGUAAAUCCACUUUGCUUCUCUCGCUCAUAUGGACAUCAAACCAAGUAAUAUAUUUAUAUCGAUGAGAGUGGCUGUUCAUAACGCAGAUGUCCAUGGAUCAUGUGCAGAUGUUGUGUACAAAAUAGACCAAGAGUGGAAGAUAGAUCCAGCAGAUUUUUAGCCAAUGAGAUCCUGCAAGUGGACUACAGGAAUCUACCUAAAGCAGAUGUCUUCGCACUGGUGCUCACAGUGCUAACUGCCUGUGGGGCAAAAGCACUCCUGGGGAAUGGGGAAAUGUGGCACGCAAUACUCAGAGGGAAAUCCCCAACCUUAGCUCAGGUGCUGUCGGAAGAAUUUCAACAACUUCUUAAGCUCAUGAUUCAUCCGGACCCCGUGAGCAGACCUUCGUCCUCAGCCAUGAGUAAACACGCCAUCCUCCAUCCUGCCUCCAAACUGAGUGCCGACAGCCUGCGCGAGCAGCUUCAUGCACAGAAAUUCAGAAACACACUGCUACUGAAAGAGCUGAAACAGAUCCAGUCCUCCACAGCAGCUGCGGUACCGAGCGUCACUUACAGCACCGUGACCUGCUCCAGUGGAAACAAGUAUGACAUAUCGUCCAGACUGCUCGGGAAAAAGAUCAACCGCUCAGUUAGUUUAACCAUGUUCUGAUCCGGACCGUUUUAUUUUUGGGAAAAAACAUACAUUUGGACCCUUCAAGUUGUAAAAAAUAAAUGAUAUGACAGUAUACAUGAAAUUUAUGGAAAUAUGUUCAUAAUUGUAUUGCUACACUAUAUGGCCAAAAGUGUGUGGACACCUGACUUUUAAACUCGUAUGAGCUUGUUGAACGUCCCAUUCCAGAUUGAAUCCUCGUUUGCUGUUAUAAUUAGCUCCACUCUUCUGGGAAGGAUUUCCACUAGAUUUUGGAGCGUAGCUGUGGGGAUUUGUAUUUAUUCAGCUGCAAAAGCGUUCGUGAGCUCAGGCACUGAUGUCGGGACGUCAAGGAGGCUUGGUUUCAUUUCAUCCCAAAGGUGUUCAGUGGGGUUGAAGUCAGGGCUCUGUGCAGGACACUCAAGUUCUUCCAGUCCAACCUUAACACACCAUGUCCUCAUGGAGCUCACUUUGUGCACAGGGGGUGUCGUUAUGGGUGUCCACAUACUUUUGGCCAUAUAGAUGAUAUAUUCUUAGAUAUAUGGUUAAAAUAUAUGCGAGUUAUCUGUAUUAUCUUACAGAUUUUAAAUGUAUGAGUUUCCUGUAUUACAGAUUUAAACUGAUGUGAUUGUCAUAUUGUGUUGAAGAAGCACUUGAACGAAGAAACUGUUGCGCAACCUGCUGCUGAAUUAUUUAUUUCUUUUUUAAAAUUGCACAGCCUGUCGACAGACACUCCUACAGUGCGACGGGAAUUUUAUAAGUGCUUAAUUGCUGCAUAGUUUGAUUGACAGUUACAGCAUAGUUUCACUGUACUGUAAUUUCAUACAAUAAAGAUCAGCUUGCA